AUGGCGGAGGAGGUUAACACUUCGCCCGUCGACACCAUGGACGUGGCCUCGCCCGAGGCAGCUUCUGCAGAGGGACCUUCAAGUGAGACCGCACUAGCUGCCUCAGAAACUGGUAUGUCUUUCCAGCCCAUGGCUCGACCUUCUGUGCCUGAGACUCAUUCCCGCCUCUCAGCGAACGAGACACCAGCCGGCAACAAGGCUGCAUCGACCAAGAUACCCGCUGUAUCCAAAACUAUUAUGCCGACUUCGGCUUUUCCUCCUCCAAAGACAGAUAAGCCCCGGCCUCAUGUGUGCUUGACCUGUAUGCGAUCCUUUGCUCGCCUAGAGCAUCUGAAACGGCAUGAGCGAUCACACACGAAGGAAAAGCCCUUUGCGUGUCCUGAAUGUACUCGCUGCUUUGCUAGGCGUGAUCUAUUACUCCGACAUCAGCAGAAACUCCACUCCUCUACCACACCAUCAGCACGCCCUCGGUCUGGACGUAGGGAAAGUGUUGCGGGAGUUGCCAGUGGUCGUGUUCGCAAAAACUCCACCACGAGCAAUACGACAGCCAUGAGACCAAGAGCCAACACGGUCAGUCAUGUUGAUUCUGCCACCCGGACGCUGAGUAUGAUGUCCGAAUCUGUUGGUAACUUCGGCCGCCAACCUUUGAGCGGCGGUCAUAGCCACCACAACAGCAUGUCGGCCAUCUCAAACAUUCACGCAUAUCAAGUCCGCGGUGCAAACGGUCAUCAGUACGCUUUGAAUCUUCCAAAGUUGGAGACUGUUGGACUGCCUUCUGAUAUCUCAGGCGGCCUCCGCACGGCGCCUCCCUACGGAGGAUUCGGUGCCGAGUUUGGAAAUGAUUUCGACUCCGACCAGGGAAAUACCAUCAAUCCUCACGCUCUGCAUAUGACCAACUUGCAAGCGCUGGGUGUCGACUCGUCCAUUUCACAUUUCCACCAAAUGUUCCCUGGGAUGACAGCUUCUCAAGCCAUGGCUGACGACGAUUCGAAUUUCGACUGGAUGACCUUGGGCUUUGAGAAUCAGAUGUCCUUCACUCAGGCCAAUGAGAACGCAAUUGAUGACUCUUCACCCUCGGCCAUGAGCACUGGCAGUCCGGCACCUUUACAUGAGCUGAACGGUGAAUCGAAUAUGGCAGCAAUGCAACAUGCUUCAGUAACCGCAGGCAGUAUGUGGUCCACCACUCUUGCGGCCCACGUGCCACUGUUAAACAGUCCGAUGAGCAUCGAAAUGUUGUCCAGCUUUAAUGACGUUGUCAACGCCCCCAUGGGGACAGUGUCGCCAAAAUCCUUACUGGGUCAAGCAACUGCUAUGGAUAUCAAUCUUCCUACUCCGCCAGAUUUUGUCUCUGUGGACGCUUCUGCCGUGCACUCGAACCCCCAAUUUACUAGUUACCAGCUCUCCUUCGCUGGAGAUGGUCCUGGCUCUACCACUUCCACUGCCUCAAUGGACAGCAGUCUCCGUCAAAGCUCGACCACAACCGCGUCUACAGACUUGGUCAGCGAUCACAUUCGGAAUGUUUUGAUCGCCGGACUUUCUCAGAAUGUAGGCUUUGGACAACGAAAGUACUCCCAACCAGCAAUCAGUUCGCCGCUGUCUCCAGGCUCAAAUACACGCACGAAAGGGUUUAACGCCAGCACUUUUCCCAGCACACAUGAUCUACAGCGAUAUGUUUCUGCGUAUAUCAAAUACUUCCAUCCGCACCUUCCCUUUCUACAUAUUCCAACCCUCAACUUUGCGUCGCCAGACUACACAACUCCAAUCAGGCUAGUGUCUGGCCAUUCUCAGUUUGGCCAGGCUUCGGUGGCAGGCGGAGGCAGUUGCUUGAUCCUAGCAAUUGCUGCUAUUGGUGCCCUCUACGAACACGAGGUGCCUCAGUCUAGAGAACUUUUCGAGUGUGCCAAGCGUCUGAUCAGCAGCUAUCUUGAAGAAAGGCGCAAAGCCAACCUGACCAAAACCCAAUUUGGACCUCGACACUCUGCUGAGCGAGAAGACACGCCACUCUGGUUGGUUCAGGCGAUGCUUCUGAACGUGAUUUAUGGCCAUAAUUGUGGCGAUAAAACGGCAGCUGAGCUGGCAAGUAACCAUUGUGCCGCCCUGGUUAGUCUAGCUCGCGGAGCCGAGCUUGCAAAGCCUCCUCAGAGCUACAGCGGAACAAGCAUCAAUGCGAACGUCCAGAUGGGUGGAAUGCCAAACCAUGGCUGGGGCUCGAUGGCCAGCGAGUUGGACGAUUCUGACUGGUUGGAGUGGAAAAUCAUGGAAGAACGCAAGCGAACUUUGUAUGUGGUGUUCAUCCUUUCGAGUAUGCUUGUGACGGCUUACAAUCAUCCCCCCGCACUCACCAAUUCCGAGAUCCGAUUGAAUCUGCCCUGUGCGGAAGAACUUUGGUCAGCUGAGUCUGCGCAGACAUGGCGCCACCUGGGGGGACCUGGCGCGGAAACGGGAGCUCUUACCUUUGCCGCCUCGUUGACACAUCUACUUAUGUCCGCGCACAGACAACGUCGGCGGAACAGCAACGUGAAUCCGCUCGGGCUUACUAGCGAACCAGAGCUCGCGCCGAGCACAUUCGGUUGCUUGAUCCUGAUCAACGCUCUACAUAAUUACAUCUGGGAGACACGGCAGCGACACUUGGGACGUCAAUGGACCGCAAGCGAGACGGAGCAGAUGCAUGCACACAUCGAACCAGCACUCACUGCCUGGGAAGCGGCAUGGGCGAGCAACCCCAAGCAUAGCAUCGAACGACCCAAUCCUUUUGGAGAUGGCCCCUUGUCGGCGGACUGCGUCCCGUUACUUGAUCUCGCUUACAUCCGGCUGUUUGUCAAUUUCGGCAGGUCCAAGGAAGCGUUCUGGCAACGGGACUACGAUGCUAUGUCGGAAGAGCUGGCCAAGGGCUCAGAAGCGGUUCCGAGCCAGGACACGGGAAAAGCGGACCAAACCACCAACCCUCCGUCUCAGAAGCCGGAGAGCAAGAAUCAAGAGCAAAUCCCGACCCCUGUGGAAGAAGGCGUGAAACUGGAAGCGGUAGAACACGAGAAUGGUAGGAAAUCCCUACCAUCUCGGCGUGAGCGACAUCUUCGGAAGGCUGCAUUCUAUGCCGCCGAUUCUUUGGCCAUGUCAGACAAACUCGGUCUGAGUUUUGCUGAACAUACCUCUCGAGAGCUACCAACACAGUCAGCUAUGUGUGCAUUCGACUGCGCGCAAGUGUUGGCAGAGUGGAUCGCAACUGUCCAAGAACGGGUUGGCAGAUACCUAGGCGUCAUUGGGCGGGACGAGAUGAAUCUGGUCGAGGUGCCAGGCAUAAUCCUCCUCGAAGAUGAAGAUCGGACACUGAUCCAGAAAAUCGACGAAAUCCUGACGAGCGCUGAGAGCAAGGUCGAAACUCAGGGUGGAUUUGAUCUUUCCGACGCUCGAGAAGGAGGUUACGGCAGCAGAAUCCUAACGCUGACAGCAUACAUACUGGGAAGGGAUUCCGUGUGGCCCGUCUUCAAGCUCAUGGCGCGGUCACUUGAGACCCAGGCAGGGCAUAUCAAAGAGCGAGCAUUAGCUUCAGUUUCCAGCUCGUAA